GAUUCCGUUGCAGUAACCAUUUCUAAUUCUCGUGAAGAGAAAGAUGAAAAGGCAUUGGAUAGCAUAGAUUCCGAAUUAAAUACAAAGGAUAGCAAUAAUGAAAAUGACAAGUCUGCUUCAUUACCUGUCAAAGAAUUGAUACUCGUGUUCUUAGCAUUGUUACUUGCCGUGCUUUUAGCAGGAUUGGAUCAAAUGAUAGUAGCAACAUGUUUACCAAAUAUCGUAUCAGAUUUUAAUUCAUUAGAUCAAAUAACAUGGAUUGGAACUGCUUAUUUAUUAACUUCGACAACUUCACAACCAAUUUCUGGAAAAAUUUCUGAUAUAUUCGGAAGGAAACCUACAUUUUUAGUUGCUAUUGGAAUUUUUAUAAUUGCAUCAGUUUUAUGUGGUGCUGCCCAG